AUGGCCGUUACAUCCGUCCACCGUGUUCUUUCGCGCAACCGAGCGACAGGAAGCGCGCUCGGCGCGCUCUUCCGAUCCGUCGAAUCCGGAUCGCAAGCAGGAGUUUCCGCGCCGGCCACGUCACCAAAUGGCGCCGCCGCGCUGGCCAGCCGCCACGUCAGCACGUGCGAUCUCGCGGGGUUUGCGGGAGGUCGUGACGUGGAUGCGGUGCUAAGCGGCGCGGUGUCUCCCUUCAGAAGCUCCGUGACUUGCGCCGCUGCGUCGUCGAUGUCGUUUCGCGGCAUUGCUCCGUCAGUCGCGGCGGGAGACGCGGCGGCGAUCGCAGCGCAGUGCAGGCGUGGAUACGCGACCUUUUCCCGAUCCAAGCCGCAUUUGAACAUCGGCACCAUCGGCCAUGUGGAUCACGGCAAGACCACACUCACCGCUGCCAUCACCAAGGUUCUGGCGGACGAGGGCAAGGCGAAGGCGAUUGCGUUCGAUGAGAUCGACAAGGCGCCAGAGGAGAAGGCUCGUGGCAUCACCAUUGCUACUGCCCAUGUGGAGUACGAAACAGAGAAGCGCCACUACGCACACGUGGACUGCCCAGGCCACGCGGACUAUGUGAAGAACAUGAUCACAGGCGCCGCUCAGAUGGACGGCGGCAUUCUCGUGGUGUCGGCUCCUGAUGGUCCCAUGCCCCAGACGCGCGAACACAUUCUGCUCGCCAGACAGGUGGGCGUGCCGUCGCUGGUGUGUUUCCUGAACAAGGUGGACAUGGUAGACGAUGAGGAGCAAGAGAGCACGCUUUGCCUUGUCCACAUGCCUCAUAUAUGUGUGGACAUGGUAGACGAUGAGGAGCUGCUGGAGCUGGUGGAAAUGGAACUGCGAGAGCUGCUGUCCUUCUACAAGUUCCCAGGGGACGACAUCCCCAUCGUGCGUGGGUCAGCACUAGCAGCACUGCAGGGCACCAACGAGGAGAUUGGCAAGAAGGCAGUGCUGAAGCUCAUGGAAGCAGUGGACGAGUAUAUCCCUGAGCCGCAGCGGUCUCUGGACAAGCCCUUCUUGAUGCCCAUUGAAGACGUGUUCUCCAUCCAGGGUCGAGGCACAGUGGCGGGCAAUCCCACCAAGACAACGGUGACUGGCGUGGAGAUGUUUAAGAAGAUCCUCGACCAGGGGCAGGCCGGAGACAAUGUGGGGCUGUUGAUGCGAGGGCUCAAGAGAGAGGAUGUGCAGCGAGGUCAAGUAGCAUGCAAGCCCGGCUCAAUCAAGACGUCUCAGAAGUUCCAGGCAGAGAUCUACGUGCUCACCAAGGAGGAGGGCGGGCGCCACACGGCCUUCUUCUCCAACUACCGCCCGCAGUGCUACCUGCGCACCGCUGAUGUGACAGGCAAGGUGGUGCUGCCAGACGAAGUCAAGAUGGUCAUGCCGGGGGAUAACGUCACUGCCACGUUUGAGCUGCUGUCUCCAGUUGCGAUCGAAGCAGGCCAGCGCUUUGCUCUGAGGGAGGGCGGUCGCACCGUGGGUGCUGGUGUGGUGGCUAAAUUGCUGGACUGA